CAUGCCUGAAGAAACAAGUAGGCCUGAAUGAAGAGGACUAUCAGGCUACUGAGGGUCCUGGUAACCCCUACAUUCAAUUCCUCAGCAUGUCCAAGAGCAAAGCCAGCUUCUUCCUGUCACACGACCAGCGCUUCUUCGUAAAGACCCAGACACGUCACGAAGUGCAGGUGCUGCUCACCCAACUGUGCGGCUACAUGCAGUAUCUGGUGCAGUACCCACACUCGCUGCUGGCUUGGUUGUUGGGCAUUUACAGUCUGCGGGUGGCCAACCGGGCAAAGGUGAGUGUGGCGGAGGCGAGGUGGCUCGGUAGUGGGGGCUGCUGGAGGCUGAGGUCCUGCGCUUCCCUCACUGCCCCCUCCUGUCCCCAGAGAUACUUCAUCGUCAUGGAGAAUAUCUUCUACCCUGUCAGCCGCAUCUCUGAGAGGUGA